AUGACCUCAGCACAAAAGUGGAGACUGGAAGAUGUCUUCAAGUGGUCUCCUAUACGUUUUGCAGAGGAGACAAAUGCGUGGGAAUGGAUAGAGAGAAUGUUGGAAAACGGGUUGUCAGCAAAGGAGCUCAUAACCACGAAGAGAAAGCUGUCCGAUUUGGAGACGGCAGUCGCCUUAAUGCACGUCUUCUGCACGGGCGGUUACCUGCGGCUGCUGCGGCUGGCACUGUCAGUGGACCCGAGAUUGUCAUCGACGAGUCUAGACGGGAAGGGAUCGACGCCGCUGCACGUGGCAGCCGCGAACAGGAGAGACGCUGCAGUGCGGCUGCUGCUGGACGCGGGCGCCGACUGGGAGGAGAGAGACGGCCUCGGGCGCACGCCGCUCCACGUCGCCGCCGCCAGUGGCAGCAUCCAUGCCUUCCGGCUGCUGUUGGAUGCCGGGGUUGACCCAGAGGUUCGGGACUCUGAAGGAAACACGGCGGUGCACUUCGCUAGCGAAGCUGGCCACACAGGUAUCCUGAAGGCGCUGUACGGCAGGGGCGUGUCGCGUUGUCUAGUCAAGUUGCAGCUGCUCUUGUCAGCGGAGAGUUGCAACGUGGAGGGCGUGCGCCUCGCUCUGAAGCAGACUUCCAGCUGGGGCGGCGCAUGGAGUGACUUGCACUGCGUGGCGAUCAAGGGCAGUGGCACGGCUGUGAGGACGAUGCUGACUGCCGGCGUCGACCCGAACGCCCGCGACGCCAACGGCGACACCCCGCUGCACGCCGUGGCGGCCGCGGGCUGCCCGGGGGCGGCGGAGGCCCUGGUGGAGGCCGGCGCAGACGUGGACGCGGCCGACUCGAGCGGCUCGACGCCGCUGCAUUACGCGGUGCGCGUGGGUAACCUGGGGGUGGCGCGCGUGCUGCUGGCCGCGGGCGCCAACGUGGAGGCGCGCGACGCCGAGGGCGACACAUUCACAAGGGAGAUGGAGAUAUCAGAGGAUCAGCUGUCUAUAGAAGAAGUGAGACAAUGGACGCCCCUACGCUUUGCUGAGGAAACAUGCGCUUGGACGUGGGUCGAGAAGUUUCUCCAGAGAGGCGUCCCUCUGAGAUAUUUGGAAGCAACAAGGAGGAAGCUCCAGAAUGUGGACUCGGCAACAGAUGUAGUGAGGACAGCGUGUGUCGCAGGUCUGUUACAUCUUCUGCAGUACGCCCUCUCAGUUGAUCCCUCUUUAGCAAAGGUAAGACUGGACGCAGAAGGUACGACGCCGCUGCACGUGGCCGCCGCCCACAGACGAGUCGCAGUGGUGCGUGUACUCGUCGAUGCAGGCGCAGAUAUCGACUGCAAAACCGGCAACGGUCGGACACCACUGCACGCCGCAGCAUCGGUGGGUGCUGCAGACACUGUGCUCAUCUUGUUAAAAUAUGGAGCCCACUUGAGGGAGACAGAUCGAGAUGGGAAGACUGCCAUGCAGCUAGCAACGGAAAAUGGUCAUUUGCACAUUGCUAAGUCGAUGGAAAUCCACGGAGGAAAUGUGAACAAGAUUAUGCGUGACUUGAUUAGGGCAGGUCAGGCAGGAGAUGUGAAGACGGUGCGGGAGCUUUUGCCAUUGAGCACUCAGGCAGGCCCCGGGGAGUGGACGCAUCUCCACUGGGGGACUAUAAGGGGCACCACAACUCUAUUGAACGCUUUCUUGGCUGCGGGGAUGGACCCGAACGUGAGUGACAGGCAUGGGAACACUCCGCUGCACAUCGCAGCCGCCAGGCGUCCGCCAGCCUUCAGCGCCGCCCUCAUCGCCGCCGGCGCCGACAUCGACGCCGCUGACUCCACCGGCUCCACGGCGCUGCAUUACGCGGUGCGCACGGGGAACAUCCCCACUGUCCGUCUGCUGCUGGAGUCCGGGGCUCGGCACGACCUGAGGGACAACGACGGAGACAGCCCACUGCACCGCGCGGUCUCCAGAGGCUCGCUGGAAACUGUAAGCGCGCUGCUGGAGGCUGGAGCCAGAACGGAUGCCAAAGACGCUCAGGGAGAGACGCCCUACGAUCUCGCGCGGAGGUACGGCUACACUGACUUGCUGAGACUGCUUCGUCUUACGCCCUCAGGUAGGGAACAGGCACUCGUGAAGAAACCCCGGGUGGCGCCCCACAGCUGCUUGGGCACCCCAGCUUGUUGCAGAUACUGUAGGCCACCCCGUGAUUAA